CGUAUCCACGGCUCCGGUAUCCAGCCAGGCACGCAACUCACUUUCUGAGGUCAGCUCGGUGUCCUUUCGUGAGCCCAGUGGUCAGACCAACAGUGACCGCCGAGCCCUCCGGUAGUGCCGACGAGCAAGUGUCUUCUUGCGACCUGGUGGUUUUCGGUACUCUCCCAACCCGUGAACAAGUGAAAGUGCAACAAUGUCGGACCGUGUGCUGCUAUCGAAAGAUUCGGUCUACCAGCAGAUCCAGGAAUAUUACAACGCCAACGGUGCGUCGAUUAACAUCAAGCGGCUGUUCGACGAGGAUGAUAUCCGCUUCGAUAAGUUCCACUUGAAGCUAACGACCCCGGCCGAUGGCGACAUUCUGCUGGACUACUCGAAGAACCGCGUAACGGACGAUGCGUGGAAUCUGUUGCUGGAGCUGGCGGAAUCGCGCGAUGUCGUGAAGAUGCGCAACGACAUGUUCGGCGGCGAGCGGAUCAACGUGACGGAGAACCGUGCGGUGCUGCACGUCGCCCUGCGCAACCGUUCGAACAAACCGAUCCUGGUCGAUGGUAAGGACGUGAUGCCGGAAGUGAAUGCCGUGCUGGCCCACAUGAAGGAGUUCACGGAACAGAUCCAUAGCGGGGCGUGGCGCGGCUACACGAACAAGAAGAUCAGCGACGUGGUGAACAUUGGCAUCGGUGGCUCUGAUCUUGGUCCGCUGAUGGUGACGGAAGCGCUGAAACCGUACAACCAAGGCAUCCGGUCGCACUUCGUAUCGAACGUGGACGGUACCCACAUUGCCGAGACGCUCAAGAAGCUCGACCCGGAAACGACACUGUUCAUCAUCGCGUCGAAAACGUUCACCACGCAGGAAACGAUCACGAACGCGACCGCGGCGAAACGUUGGUUCCUGGAGCGCUGCACCGAGACGGAGCAGGUCGCGAAGCAUUUCGUGGCGCUGUCCACCAACAAGGAAAAGGUGGCCGCGUUCGGCAUCGACACGAAGAACAUGUUCGAGUUCUGGGAUUGGGUCGGUGGACGUUACUCGCUGUGGUCGGCUAUCGGGCUUUCGAUUUCGCUUGCGAUCGGGUUCGACAACUUCGAGAAGCUGCUGGAGGGUGCCCAUUACAUGGAUAAUCACUUCAUGACUGCUCCGCUGAAUGAGAAUGCUCCAGUAAUUCUGGCACUGAUGGGCAUCUGGUACUCUAACUUUUACGGUGCCGAAACACAGGCCCUGCUGCCGUACGAUCAGUAUCUGCACCGAUUCGCGGCCUACUUCCAGCAGGGUGAUAUGGAGAGCAACGGCAAGGGUGUGACGAAGGCCGGCGAAAAGGUUAACUUUGCGACCGGUCCGAUCGUGUGGGGUGAGCCGGGCACCAACGGACAGCACGCGUUCUACCAGCUGAUCCAUCAGGGCACCCGGCUAAUUCCGUGUGAUUUUAUCGCACCGGUCCAGACGCACAACCCGGUGGAGAACGGUGCCAUGCACACGAUCCUGCUCGCCAACUAUCUGGCCCAAACGGAGGCGCUCAUGAUGGGCAAAUCGGCCGACCAGGCACGGGCCGAACUGGAGAAGGCCGGUCUGGCCGGUGACGCGCUGGAGAAGCUGCUGCCGCACAAGGUGUUCACCGGCAACCGGCCAACGAACUCGAUCCUGGUGAAGAAGGUGACACCGUUCGUGCUCGGUGCGCUGAUCGCGAUGUACGAGCACAAGAUCUUCACGCAGGGCGUCAUCUGGGACGUGAACUCGUUCGAUCAGUGGGGCGUCGAGCUGGGCAAACAGCUGGCCAAGGCGAUCGAGGUCGAUCUGGCCGAUCCGAACCAAACGACCACGCACGAUUCGUCCACCAACGGGCUGAUUAACUUCAUCAAGAUCAACCAGGAGAAGUAAACGCGCCGCGCGCUGGCCGGCGACAACAAGAAAAGGGGCUUCGAAAAGCAGAUUAUUUAUUAAAAGGAGAAAACAUUUAGAGCAAACAGUAACCGGAAAACACACGCAAUCGAGUGUAGUGCACUAUUCAUCACCCAUCUCUACAACAACACCUUGCUCUCGUGCUGGAUGCUUUCCAACUAGACACUUCUACCACACACACACACAAGCUAUUCACGCCAUUACCACUAAGGGGCGCCCGAAAGGGGAGGGUAAUGUUGUCAGAGAGAUGUCUUGCCUCAGCUAAUUACUACAGAGCGGGAAAAGGGACGGAUUCAGCCUCCUCUCGUACACGAAGGCAGCGGUGCAAUAUUAUAUCAUUAGAGUAGAGUCGCUUCGCUCGUACUCGGUGCGGCACAUGACACAUCAUGAGCCAGCGAGAAGAAAAAAAAAAACAAAAGGCGCUAUAAUGUUAAUCAAAUAAAAGUAUGUAUGUUAAAAACGUGUUAAAACUAAAAA